AUGGAUUCUUAUGAUUUUGUUGACAUUGUUAAAGCGGAGAAGGCCAAUGCGCUUGCGAGAUACAGACGGUUUACAAAUAUGGCGAAGUUUUUUCAGUUAGUUGAAGUUUUCUUCGCGAUUGCUUUGAUUUCGUGGUCGUCUACUCGCCUUCCUACAGUUCUAAAAUUCUCCGGCGAGUAUCUGUUGGCAUUUUCGUCUUACUUGAUGAAUCAACACGUUGUUUUUCUACUCGGAAAUGUAAUUGUCGUUGUUUGUUAUGUUCUUUCACGUCAUACGGAAGCCGGAAACGAAUCCGGUGGUUCUGGAAUUGACAACGACGACGGUAAAUACAAUCAGUUAAAUCAUCAGAAAACAACCGUAGACACUCCAAAUCCUAAACCGGUGCCGUCGCCUGUGAUUGAAUCACCGAUCACAAAGAAAGCGGUAGAGGCGGAAAGUCGUGAUCGGAAGAUUCAAAAUGAGAAAGCAAUCGUCAAAACGGAGUCAGAAGUGACAACUGUAAUGGUAAUCAAGCAGGCGGCGAAGCAGAUAGAGAGAUUUCAGAGAACUCAAUCGGAUAAGUUGAAGAUCCAGAAUUCUAUGAAGCCUCGUCGUGAAUUAAGGCGGUCAGUGACUAGCAUUGCCGCUACCUCCGCCGCCGAUGAGUCGACGGUGACAUCAUUUGACGCGGUGGACAGGCUGAGCAACGAAGAAUUCCGGAUUGCCGUUGAGGCAUUCAUUUCAAAACAACAGAGCUUUCUCAAGCAACAGAGCAUGGUUGAAGAUGGCAGAUCAUGA